AUGUCGUCCGGAAUGCCUUCAAUUGAGUGGAUCUAUGAGAGGCCAGGCAAUGCCACUCGCAUCCCAGAUGACAGAUGGGAACAGUUUAGGGAGCUGAUCACCAGACUUCACCUUGACGGGAAGUGGAAGAACGCAAUCCUCAAAGAAUUAGAGAGUGAGAACUUCUACCCAUCAUACCCCCAGCUCAGACGCCGAAUGAAAAAAUGGGGUCUGCAAGCGCACACUGAAGAGGCGCCAGUUAUCAACCCACCAAGCGUGAUAAGGACGAAUCUCGAGGGUGACUCCUCUGCCGAGCGACACAUAUUACCAGACCACGCACCGGUCGUCACGCCUGACACCACGACUGCCCCGAGAUUACCGGCAGAAUCCGACACCCAAUCACUGCCUCAGCGUGCCUCCUUCAUCGCGCGACACGACCGCGCAUCCAGGGAGACGGCAGACCACACGAUCCCAGCGGAGCAGAGCCUCCCAUCUUUUGGAGAGAUUGAAGCCGAGCAACAAGCUGUGCGAAUUGGACCAAAAGCACCACUUGCCGAUGGCCUUGCCAGAAACUCAAUGGGAAUGUCUCCCACACGAACGAUGGGCGCUCCUUAUCUCAGCCAGCACGACAUGCAGGACAUUAGCUCAUCUCCACCGGAAACUUCAAGUAUCAACAGUGUUCAACAUGACGGACAGUCGUCGCGGGUGUCUUCGACUCCUCCUCUGACGCUCGCGGAGACUGCUUCAACGGACAAUUCCUCAGCCAUCAAUACGAGACUCAGUGAAGAGGUUCCACCCCACUCAAAGGACCAGGCUCCAUCCUCACCGCAGAUGUCCUACAAUCAUUCGUGGGACCCUGAGUUUGAGCUUUGGUUAAGGGCGACCUCACCUCUCGCAGCUCUAUCCAUGGACAAGGUAAUUUCUUGCUCGCUGCUCCCUAUCUGGCCAGCUUUCCGAGACCCGGCGGCUCUCUCAGUAUCAGAAGUGUGGGAGAUCCAAGGGGUUGCCACCACUCUUGCCGCCGCUGGCCUUUUCGAUGAGGCGUCCGACCUGUUCUAUGUGGAGUAUAUAUACUGGCAGACUUGCACAAGCAACCUCUCACCAGACAAGAUAUACCCCCCCGGGGCUACGUCGAUCGACAGCUCUGUGCGGAGCAUGGUUACUGCGGCCAUCAAUUGUGCCCGAAACUAUAAGCCCGGCCGUAAAGGAAACAUUGCACACCACGCGCUGUUAGAAGUUCAAGGUCUCCUGGAGAAGUAUGGCUUUGGACACAACCUUGACAUCGCUGUACUCAACCUCUACCUAUCAAAUUUGCGAAGGCACCCCACGAGUUCAGAAUCUCCAAUCCCCCCAAAGGAGACUGCGCUUCGUCUCGCUGUCAGCUGCGUUGGAGAACGUUUCGAGGUCAUUCUGCCCGAAAUCCAAGAUCGCGAAAUCCUCUUUAUCAUGAGUUCUCUGAAGGAAAUGCUGAGAGACGGUCUGCCAAGAGGGACUUUGUAUAUGUCGUCAAGGUGUCUCGAGGCGCAAGUGGCACACCAUGAUCAUCUGUUCGAAUGUGGAGAGGCCGGAAAGGCCAUGAGGGCGAUACUCCAAUGGUGCGAAGCUUUCGUGGAGAUGAACAGGCGCAUCCUCAACAAAGUCGGGGCUCGCUCGCCUACGUUUGCUUGGUCUCGAGUGUCUGCAGUCUGGGUUUUAUACUGUUCCUGCGUCUUGGUCAUCUCCUCCUUUGACUCGCUCGUCCAGGCAGCAGAAUCCUUGUGUCCAUUGCCGCUAUGCUCACAUGGGGUCAAGCCGUUAAACGUUGACACCUUGCUGGCAUUGGCGGUGAUCUGCGAAAGUUUUUUGAGCUCCGGAAAUGAGACGACCUGGCGUCGUCGCAUAGGGUCGCGGUUCGGUGAUUAUCUCCUCGCUGAGAUUAACACCACGAUCAACAACUGGCAUACACGGGGUCCUGAUCUCGUUAGACUCUACCUCUCACGAACGGACAAUAUACCCAGUGCGCCGGGACGUCCCGAUCCAAGGAGCACAGCACCUUCGACCUUGGUGAAGGAGUUCAUUGUAGCUGCCUUUCGAUCGCGUGAGCCUUCACCGAGCAUUGGUCGCACAUCCUUUUCGGUAGCGGCUUCGCUCGCCUAUUCAUCGCUUCGUAUACCCGGACAAAGCGUCUCACGAAACAGUCUCGCCGGCUCUUUCCAUUCGUCGAUCAACAGCAUUCGAUCUUCCAUGAGCUGGGACACCAAGCGAACGCUGGCACAAAUGCUCGAAACCAGGGAUCGGCUGCAGCGCCCGUGGUCGAUGCUUUCGACUUGGAGCAAAAACACUAGCAGUUCGAAAGCAUUCUCAAUUGAUUCUCAAGGCAGCAACAGCUUCGAGAGGGUCACCGGGAUGCCGUUAGACCCCCUGGCUGACCUGGCUGAAGAAGCCCAUCCGGGAGGGCUUGAAAACACGGAUCUGAUGAUGAUUGACCGAAUCGACGAGGAAAUGGAUGAUGUUGAGAUGUACACCUGA